AUGGAUGGGCAAUUUUUAAGGGACCCAGUUACAGUACUCUCUUUUGGGGCUGAGCACAUUGAUAUAGUACAUGACGACCCAUUUAAUCACAGCCCCAUUAUUCGGAGGAUUACAGCACAAGAUAUAGUGGAUGGUGGUAAGCGUCCAAGUAAGCCGAAAGGAAGGAGGUGUCGGGCUGGCCCACGACAAAGCAGAAUGGUGAAUUCAAAUGGGAAACACAGUCUGAAUUUGGUGUCUCAGUUGGAGUGUAUGCAUGUUGGGAAACGUCCAUGUCUCUCUUUUGCACCCUCUCGUUCUAUGAUGGGAUCGGCGAAGGUUGGCGAGGGCUCGGGAACCCUUGGACAGUUGACUGGUUUUUAUGGUCACCCAGUAACUUUUGAAAGAUACAAGUCAUGGGAGCUAUUGGGCCGAUUGAGUAUCGCUAGUUCUCUCCCAUGGGUAUGCUUAGGUGAUUUCAAUGAGAUAUUGGCAGCCCAUGAAAAACUGGGAGGAGCAGUACAAAAUGAACGCCAAAUGAAAAACUUUAGACAAGCUAUUGAUAGUUGUGGUUUGAAAGACCUUGGAUACACGAGCCCCAAAUUUACUUGGUGGUGUAAUGGCCCCGAGGAUAUCAGAGUGCUUCUGGAAUGUGGACUGCCAACCUGGGAGUGGUGUAGGAUGUUCCCUUAG